GACUUUAAUCUCAGAAUUCUGACUUUAAUCUCAGAAUUCUGACUUUAAUCUCAGAAUUCUGACUUUAAUCUCAGAAUUUUGACUUUAAUGCAGGUGAGCACCUGGAAGCAUCUGGGUGCAACCAGCUUCAUCGCCUGAGAUGUGAGUCGUGCAGGGGAACGUCCAGCAAUCUUGGGGAACAUGUCAGAUUUAAGUGACUUUUUACGUGUCCGAGGGCUUCCUGAAGAUGCCAUUUCAUUAUUGGAAGAGCAGAAGAUUGAUUGGGAUGUCAUAGCGCUGAUGGAUGACGCAACUCUGGCAAAUUACAUCCCUUCCUAUGGAGACCGAAUUGCCCUCUUCAAUUUCUGCAAAAGCAAACAACCACUCUCAAAAAGAAAACAGGGUCUUCUGCCAAGAGUUCCCCUCUCAGAGUGAGAGACACAGUUCCUGAAAUGUCAGAUUUGGAUGACCUAGUCAGACUGUACUUCAGACUUUCUUUCAGUAACAAAGAAAUACUUGCAAUUUUAGCACACAGUCAUCAGACUAUAAUAAGUGUUCGAACUCUAAAGAGAAUUUGUAAAAGACUUGGGCUGUUCAGAAGGAAGAAUCAGUCAGACCUGGAAGAAGUGAUGGUCUUUGUCCAACAAGAAAUCAUGACCAGUGGUCAGAUGCAAGGUUAUCGAUGGCUACAUCUUUGUGCAGUUCAAUGUGGAAUUGUGGUGUCACAAGAUACUGUAAGACGCAUAAUUAAAUUGGUUGACCCACAAGGUGUGGAACUAAGACGAGCUCGACAAUUGAGAAGACGUCAGUACAACUGCAAAGGACCAAAUGCACUUUGGCACAUGGAUGGCUAUGAUAAACUAAAACUAUAUGGCAUUGCUAUUAGUGGCUGCAUAGACGGUUUUAGCCGCUAUGUUUUAUGGAUGGAGGCUUAUGUCACAAACAAUGACCCUAAAUUGAUUGCAAGUUAUUUUCUGAAAACAGUUUCAUGCAUCAAUGGAUGUCCAGAGAGGAUACGUGCUGACAGAGGCAUAGAAAAUAGAUGUGUCGAACAAAUGCAGAUGUUUCUGCGGAGAAACCACACAGACAGUUUUGCAGGGGAUAAAAGUUUCGUUUAUGGAAGAAGUACAGCCAAUCAACGCAUAGAAGGGUGGUGGGCUACCCUCCGCAAACAGAGUGCACAGUUUUGGAUGAGCUUAUUUCAAACCUUUCAGGAUGAUGGUCACUUCACCGGAGACUUUUUGGGCAAAAAUCUUAUCCAAUUCUGCUUUCUUAAUCUUAUUCAGGAUGAACUUGAUGACGUUGUGCACACAUGGAACUCACACAAAAUCAGGCCAAGUGGUGGUGCAUCAUCGGGUCGACCAGUAGUGAUGUACUCUUUUCCAGAGCUGCACAGGGCUGAGGAUAGACUGAAACCUGUUUUCAUGGAUGAGAUCAGUGUGUGCAUGGAAGAGUGUACACCAAAAGCCAAUAUCCCUGCGAUGAAACAGUGUUUGAACUUUGUUGUCUGCUUAUGGUAGAAAAUGAAUGGAAUGCCCCAAGAGAUCCACUUGUUGCUGCUGAUCUGUAUAUAAGGUUAAGAGAAAAAAUACUCCAAAGUGUUUCAGAAAUUUCUGUAGUCAAAAAGAGAAAAAACAGUGUUUCUGUUUAUCUUGAUUAUGUGAGUAGUUGUCAUGUCUUACAGGUACCCUAUAUGCAGGUAUUCUUGCUUUGUAUCAAAUGAAAGACAUUUUGGGGGCAAGCAAACAUGUCAUUUUUUACAUCAUUCUGUCAGAAUAUUAAUGGUUAUUACUGGUAUAAUGUAAAUGCAGUGUUUUGAUAUGAGUUUAGUCUUUCAGCUACCAUUUUACUGAUCAAAGUAAAAAAAUGUUUGGUUGACAUCUUGUCCCAAUAUAUAGUUUUUUUUUUACUUUUACACUCAGUCAUUAGAAGUAGCAAUGCUCAUUUCUUGUCAAAUAUAGAUAGUGUGAUGUGAUCAUCAGUUAUGUAACAAAUUCUUCUAACUAGCUAUGCUUUCAGCUGCAUAAACAAAUGUAUUUUUUCUUCUAACACAAUUCUGUGUUGUUAAAUGAAAUCCAAUGACAA